AUACAAAGUAUAACUAACAUGCUAAGCAACAACUUCCAUCACAAUAGACCACAUUCGAACAUGAUCAAUAUCCAUUAAGCUCAUUGUAAGCUUUUCAUCUUAUCACACGCAAGUCCUCACUAGCCCUUCCUCCACUCAAUCAUCUAACCUUUAUGCAUUCAUAAAGAAUUCACUGCCAUGCGUCGACUAUUUGCCAAACAGGCAGUCGUGACGCCUUUUGAAAAUUCAAAUACCAACGAAGAAGGAAGUGACUACAGGCAACAGCCAUACGAAUAUGCAGGCUCAAAUGAAGAUGUUGAUUGGCAACAUGUCCGUAUAUCACAAACAUCCUCAAACCGACAAUCAGAGCAACACAACAGCAACGUGAAUCCUCCUCAUAAACCUCUUCAAAGAGGUGGAAAGGCUGCUGCUUACCCGGUAUACGAAGAAGUGCAUUCUGGCUCAAAAGAAGAUGUAAAAAGACGAGGCAAAAGUCGUGAAGCCAAAAGACAGAAUAGCGUUGGACACAAUCGAGAUGCAGCAAAUCGUUCAAACGCUAAACUUCGCAAUAGCAGAUCUUACUAUGGCGAUGUCCAAUCAGAUCCUGCUCCUGCUCCUGAUCAUUUAGAAUACCAAAUGCAAGACUCUAACAGAAACGUUUAUGAGCAAAGCAGGUAUGAUCACAGUCAUGCUUCAGGUUACGGACCUCAAUCCGAUCAUCAGCAAUUUGAGCAAGUACGCUAUCCUGAAGCAAUGCCAAAUCCUCAUCAGGUAAGACGGGAAGACACUCAGCAACCUCAACAACAAGGAAAAAACUUUGCGGUGAAUCGUUCAAGUGAGAUACAAAGAGGUCUGCCUGCCGCUCAAGAGAUGGUAGAUGAGAGAUAUCAAUCAAACCGACAGCAUGACGCAGUCCCUGUAGAACGCUCGCAAGAUCGAUACGUAGACCGCGUGGAUGAUACGAAUGAGUCUAUGCCGUUUCGCGAAGGCAAGGGUAAAAUGAAGAAUUGGUUGAUUGGAUUGAAAGAGAAAAGAGACAAUAAAAAGGCAAAUGACAGACAUCAAGCUGAAUUCGAGGAACGUGACUCUCAAGACAGCUUACCCCGUCAGGAUCGAAAUGAUGAAGUUACCUACAAUGACAGUCAGCCCGCGAUUACCACUUCUGGACGAACAUCUCCCACGAAGAAAAAGCCUGAGAUUCAAGCACCGGCUUGGCUAGAUUGGAAAGGUAUGGCAAAAGGAAAAGAGAAAGGCGAAGAAGGGCUUAUAACGCAGCAGAUAGGUUGGCUAUGCGCACAAGAUGAGCAAUACUGGGAACAAGAUCAUCUCACACCUCUACUGUCAGCCGUCUCACACUCUGAAGCUGCGUCAAAAGAAGCAGCUAAAGCAUUGAAAAAGGAAAUCAAAAUGGGAAGCGAUUCUGCAAAGUACGGUUCAGUGAAGUUGAUGGCAAUCUUGUUCUUACGAACGGGCGAUCGAUUCAAGCUGCAAAUGGCAAACAAACGCUUCUUGGAGGUGAUUGAGGACGUAUAUGGAGAUAAACGUACAUCUAGCAGAAUGCGCGGUAGACUUUUGGUCGUUUGGAGCAUGCUUGCUCAUCAAUCACGACAAGAUGCCGAUCUUCAACCGAUCACAAAGAUGUUCAACAAGAUCAAACCGGUUGACAUGCCUCCAGAUGGCACACCUUUGGACGAAGAUAAUGAUAUUUUCCACACGCAAGAUGAAGCUAGGACAGAUGCAGUUUUGGUUACUAGCCAAGAGAACCUGAAUGAUGACCGGCCGGCAUCACGACCAGAGUUGCCUGCACGAGCCCAAAUAACGGAACCACGCGAUAUGAUGACAUCGUCUUUUGAAAGUGAUUUCGGACAACUCCAUUCAAGUCAAAGCGAAGCAGACCAUUAUGCUCAAUUCGCAGCUCAACAUGCAGAUGAUUUACAGAGACUACAUGAGGAGAGCAACGUAGCACGUGGUAAUGCACAAUUGUUAGCAGAGACUCUGAUUGAGGAUGGCUUGGAUGCACCACUUCUACCGGAAUUCUUGGAGAAAACAAAACUUUCACACGAAUUCAUCUCACAACAAAUUCCAUGGGCAUCCGCACAAGCAGAACAAGCGCGUAGUAUGCGAGAGACAAUGGAGGGCGAAGGUCAAACGAUGACAGAAGAGGAAAAGUUGUUGGAAGAUCUAUUGGAUGCUCAUGAAAAGAUAACGAAUGCGCAAAGUAUGGUGGAAGAAGCGCAAUUGCGAAGGCAAGAAGAGGAAGAAGAAGCACAAAUCCUUGAUCGAAGUAUGCGAGAAAUGCGAAUGGAUCGAAAUGCGCUAGUCACAGAUCCUGAAACUGGUCAUGUAUAUCACUAUGAUGAUGCGCAAGGUGCCCAUGCAUCUGCUUCAGGCUCACGAUCUGUAUCCCCUUCGCCACUGGCCGCCGCUUCUGGCAGAAAUGCUGUUUCUGCCUCCAAGAAUGGACUGUUGGCACCGCCUAUGCAACCGUCCAAAUCAUCUCAAUCAGUGCCAGAUGACACUAUUACUCAAUUCACUCAGCUUGACCUGAAUCGAUCUGCUACAACCAACAGCGCUCCAACAAAAGCACCUAGUCAUUCACGUGGUAAUAGUAUAACCAAUAGCGGUACGUUAGCUGGACCAAGGCCUAUGCAGACAAAUUCGCCAUUGAAGACAAAUACGACGUUGCCCAUGUCUGGCUACGAUGUACGAUCUAACAAUGAUGAAGCAGAUGAAAGUCUCGAUAUUACCACGCCAAUCGUACCAAGCGAGAAAGCACUCGGCAAACGUAGAGCAAUCUCUAUUCACGAAAGUUCACCUGUUGAUGAUCAUUCACCAAUGAACCCUCUACAAUCCCUCAGCGCUGCUUCUUCAAACGGACCACAAAACAGAAGUGCUUCACAAGACGGUGGCAGAGAAGGUGUUCUGCUUGCCCGUCCUCCACCUGCACUUCCAAGCUGAUCCUUGACCAUCACAUCAACCUGUAUAUUGUAUAAAUACCGUUUUCCACCUAUCAUCAUUUGUACACUAAGCUGCAAUACAUUUAUCAA